AGGGGAUUCCAAAGGAAGGCAUUAAAUUAUCGUUGAAAGAGAGUUACAAUUGGUACUUAAUCAUUUACAACCAAUAUAUAAAGUAUGUCCUAACUAAUCCUAUGAACAAAUAUAACAUGACUUGAAGUGCCACAACGAAAUUUUGCAUAUAGCAAAUGAGACUAACAUUAGUUGUCGCAAAACAGCCCCCCUGCUAAAAUUGGACAAAUCCAAUCUCAUAAUUUAUCAACCUCAUAACCGAAGAACAUGCACGAAGAGAAUAAAAACCCCACCAAAAACCCAUUUCUCAUAUCUACAUUAAUUUGCAUUAGACAAGAUGGGAAAAUCAAAACCUUUGUGCUUGUUUUCGCUAUUGGCAUUUUCUCUUUUUGCUUCACUUUCCCAUUCUCUUCCCCUCUCAACCAACAAGAGAUGGAUAGUGAAUGAUGAGUCAGGGGAAAGGGUGAAGCUUCAUUGCAUAAAUUGGUCAACCCACCUCAAUGCAAUGUUACCAGAGGGUCUUGAUAAGAUACCAUUGAAUGUUUUUAUAGCUCAAAUGAAAGAACAUGGUUUCAAUUGUGUUCGUUACACGUGGGCCACACACAUGUUCACUCGCUAUGGUGACCACAAGGUUGGAGAAACCUUGGACUCUUUGAUGAUCCAUCGUGUGAGGUUAGGACUUAGAAAACACAACCCUUAUUAUGAGAAUAUCACACAUAUAGAAGCCUUUGAUGCUAUGAUUGAUCAGUUCGGGAAACAAGGUAUGAUGGUAGUGGCUGAUAACCAUGUUGGUGAACCUAGAUGGUGUUGUGGGGAGAAGGAUGGUAAUGCAUUCUUUGGAGAUCGGCACUUUAACCCCCAGGAAUGGCUACAAGGGCUUUCCAUUGUUGCCAAACGCGUCAAAGGAAAACCUCAGGUGGUGGCAAUAGGCUUGAGAAAUGAACUACGAGGUCCAAAUCAAAAUGCCAAUGAUUGGUACAAGUACAUGACCCAAGGAGCAACCACAGUUCACAAAGCAAAUCCAAAUCUUCUAGUGUUUGUUUCUGGCUUGAGCUACGACACUGACUUAAGCUUCUUGAAGACAAGGCCUCUUAACAUUGACAUAGGUAACAAAUUGGUGUACGAGGUGCAUUCAUAUUCAUGGUCAUCAGGGUCACGAGAGGCUUGGAUUGAAGAACCACUGAACCAAAAAUGUGCCAAAGUGCUCAACGGGUUGAAUGAAAAGGCAGGGUUUUUGAUGGAUGGCCCAAACCCAAGACCAUUGAUCAUGAGUGAAUUUGGCAUGCUAAUGAGCAACACAGAUGAGAAGAGCCACAGGUUCAUGUCUUGUGUUUUGGUCUAUCUUGCUGGCCUGGACUUGGAUUGGGCUAUGUGGGCUGCACAAGGUGGAUACUAUAUCAGAGAGAAUAACAAGACUGUGGAAGAGACUUUUGGUGUGUGGAAGUCUGAUUUUAGCACACUCAGAUACCCACAGUUUAAUCAAAGGUUUCAGCUUGUGCAGAAGAAGCUUUUAGAACCAAGUUCAAAUUCAAGCAAGUCCUUGAUAAUGUACCACCCACGAAGUGGGCAAUGUGUGAAAGUUAACGAGAACAAUGAACUUGAAUUGGACGAUUGUGAGGGGCAGAGUAGGUGGUGUCUAGAAGGACAACAAAUCAAACUGGAGGGCAAUGGCACCUGCAUAAAAGCAAUUGGUGAUGGAUCUCCAGUGAAGCUCUCAAAUGAUUGCAAGAGUAAGCAAAGUUCUUGGAAGUUUAAGUCAGCAACCAAUCUUCAUUUAAGUACCUUGGAUGGACAUGGUCAGAACUUGUGCUUGCAAAGGGAAUCCACCAUUUCACCUAAGAUUGUUACCAGGAAAUGCAUCUGUGUGGAUGAUGAUCCUACUUGUUUGGACAACCCUCAAAGCCAGUGGUUUCAGCUUGUUACAACUAAUGUGUAAUUAUAUGUACAUUGUAAUAUAUCUUACUUAUGAAAAAUAUAAUUAAUACUCUUCAAUAUCUGAAUAAAGUACUCUA